AUGACGAAAGUUGUUAGCCCGCACCUCCUCGACGAUGUCCGCAAUGCGGAUUCAACCGCCGGCCGGAUUGCUGCCCUCCGCGCACUCAAGAAUGAUAUAAUCGGCCAUCACCAGAAGAAGCAGGCUUGGACGGAGCUGGGCAUCUUGCCACUCCUCUCAGACGUCCUAUCGAGCCGUCGUGGCGUGGGGAAGAAGGUCGAUUGUCAGAGGCCGAGACAGCACCAGACGGAGGAGGAUGAGAUGUGUUUCCAGGCCAUCACCGUCGUCGGGAGCCUCGCCCUUGGUGGACCAGCAUAUACCGCUCCAAUUCUUGCCGGGGAAACUAUUCCAUCAUUACUUUCGAUACUAUCGGCCCCCUCGUGUCCUCGGUCCCUUGCCCUCGCCGUUCUUCGGACCCUCAACACCAUUGCCGACCAGCUUGCCCUAGUAUAUAAAAACGUAGACAGCCAGACUCAGCCCCUGGGAGCCCUGCUCUUCACCCGCAGAUACAUACCGACCUUCCGGGACAUUCUUCAACGCUCGGAUAGCUCACCCGGUGCCCAGCCAUGCAUCGAGCUUGUGGCAGACCUUAUAUCGAAGACCUGCACCGGAGAACAGCAGAAGAGUAUCCUAGCCGACUGUGGCGUCCUGGACGCCCUUGGUCUCAGACUGGCAACAUUCAUCGUCGCUGGAGGCUUCGUUCUUCCAGGUGCCGAGAGUUCCUGUACCAGUUCGGGCGCAUUGGGUUAUAUCCCAGACCCUGCUCCCACUAACGCCAAACUAACCCCCAUAUUGCGCGCUAUCGCCGUUAUUAUCGAACAGUCUGCAGCACGCGCAGAACACCUCUUGACGUGUCCAGCCUUAGUAACCGUGUUUCCCAAAUCAUUUAGUGACCUCUACCUCGGCGAAGCGAAAAAGGGGCCAUGGAAAUCCCCUUACUCCUCCUCCGGCUAUGGCUUUGCCAAACGCAGCUUCUUGAAUCCAAUUGACUCCCUUCUCCCUUCCGUGCCAAUGCAAAUAAACGGCUCGUCCAACUUCCCACCGCUGGGUUCGCAGCCCCAGUACGACAAGCGAGGGCAAUUCUUCGGGCCUCAGGCCCCCCUUACCGACAGUCCGCCCUCAGAAGAGCCAGAGAGCGUACUGGUAUCAUGGUUGCUCUAUGUUGCCCGAGCAGACCGUGGAUAUGUUCGUCUCAUGGCUGCCCGUAUCCUAUCCACGCUUUUCCGCCAUCAUCUACUAAAAAAGCACCGUGUCCCGAUGCUGGGAUUUCUCCUGGUACCACUCUUGGUCAGAAUGCUCGAUAGUGCUCAUCAUUCUGAAGACUCUUCAACUUUUGAAAACUAUAUGAACUCAAGCACCUUGCGCGUCAAAGAGGAAGCUCCUGCUGUCUUAGCUUCCCUGGUCAUGGAGAGUCGAGAACUACAGAGAUACGCUGUAGAGAGCGGUGCCAUCAAGAAGCUUGCCCAGAUGCUGAAAGAGUCAUUUGGGCCAAGCUCGGAAGCCGGAACCCCGAUGUGGAGCGCGACGAAAAGACAAGCUGCGUCUCUAUUCCAGCCAGCAGACUCGGAUGUGUCUCUGGGGCCACCCGGGUUCACGCGCCAGGCCCUUUUCAAGAUAAAGUACCGGGAAGCCAUCCUCAAGGCAUUAGCCGCACUAUCAUUAUUCACGGAUGAAUACAGAAAGGCCAUAUGCGACCAUGGCAUCGUACAGCACAUCAUCGAUUCGAUGAAACCUUGGAGUCCAGAAACAACCGUGCUUGGUAACAAGACUUGCAUCGUUGAGUUGGAAGGGAACCCAACGCCAGUUGUACUUGCCGCCUGUGCCGCAGCUAGAUCCUUGACUCGAUCAGUCAGUGUGCUCAGAACAAGCCUCAUUGACGCCGGGAUCGCCGUACCCAUAUGCGCCUUGGUGAAAUCCAAUAACGUCGAGAUUCAGAUCGCCGCUACAUCUGUGAUGUGUAACUUGGCCCUUGAUUUCAGUCCAAUGAAGGAGGCACUUCUCGAGGCAAACAUGGUGCCAAUUUUAUGCGAAAACUCCCACUCACCUAAUGCAAAUCUUAGAAUAGAAUCCCUCUGGUCUCUCAAACAUAUCUCUUACAAUGUACCGAACAAGAUGAAGAAGGACAUACUAGAGGAUCUUGGUAUCGAGUGGAUCAAGCAGGUUCUCUCUCACGACCCGAAUGAUCCCCUCAAUAACAGGAGAAGGCAAGACGAUAGUAUGAGCGGACUGCCCUCGGCACUUAUCGAAAUGGGCACGUCGAACUCAUUCGGAGAACAAGUAGAUAUUCUCAAUCCAAUGUUGAUGACUAGCGGCCAGGAAUCAGAGUCUGCCAUGCUAGACUUUGACACGCGAAUGACCGACAGCUCCUUGGCCUCAAAAUCUCCUAUGGAUGCACUUUCUGCUGAGAGUGUUAGGAAACGCAGGCUGGCUCUGAAUGGAGAUUUGGAUCAGACCAAGAAGUUACGACAAGAUGAUACCUUUGCGCAAGAGGAACUAUUCGACCUACUCCGGAACAUCAUGUGUGGGCCAGGAGCACCCGAUAUGAUCGACUACCUACUCCAGAAGUUCGGUCAAAGUGACUUUUUAGACAUCCUUGCGAAUAAGCUCCGCCCAAAACCCCUUCCUACCACCAGCCCUUCCUCUCCUAUGUCUGCUUUCAAAGACAGAUCACAAAACUCCCAACAACAAAAGACAAUCCUCCAUCCUACCGAAAUCAUUCGUGCCGUAACUUAUGUCCUCAUUCAUAUUGCCGCCGGCUUCUCGCGGCACCGUCACCUCCUAGUUUUCCACCAAGACUUACUGAAGCUUACCAUGGCUCUUCUAACCCACUCCAACUGGCAGAUCCGAGCUAAUUGUGUCUGGAUUGUGAUAAAUCUUACCCUUGACGAUGAUAAGACCGAUCGGCCAAGCCGAGUAGAGCGGGCCAUGAGGCUGAAGAGUCUAGGUGUUAUGGAACGCCUGAGGAGCUUGGAGAUCGAUAGUGAAUCUGAUGUUAGAGAACGUACCAAGACGGCUUUGGAUUGGAUGAAGGCGCUCUUGGGACAGUAA